AUGUCAUUUUGGGACCUAAUUCUGUUCGGUUACUAUAACGCAAUGGCAAAAUGCUUGACAUGUCGGAGAAGAAAGGUGCGCUGUGACGCAGGUCUUCCUACUUGCUCAGCGUGCACUCGUCUAGGAUUGAUAUGCCAAAGGGUGAUCUCUGAAAGGAUGCUGACUUGGCCAGAACCUGAUCAGCCCAGUGUGGGAAGUGAUAUCUCACCUUGGAACAUAAGCUCGCUACAGGAGAACAUUUCGGAUCGAAACAGACAAAAUUACUUCACAGUUGAGGAACUAAUUGCCACAUCCGAGCUCAUUCAACAAACAAGAAAUCGGAUCGAAGUCGAUAUGAUUUGCCAUCAACUCGAAGUGAUAUCCAAUGAAGAAAAUCCCACGACGUCCUCUAUUGGAGCCUUCUCUGUUAUUGUUCCUAAGGAUACUCAGUUAAAUAAUGGGGUUCAGACGCCCAAGGACUUCGAUUUCAAUAUGAGUUCAGACGCCAGACUCCUCGAUCAUGUGGAAGAAGUUAUAGUCACUGGCCAGGACAUUGGCCACACUACGCUACAGUCAGAUACAACCGAGCAGUUGAGCGAGUUACUUGUCUUGGACUCCGAAACCAAUGAUUCUCUCCAAGAGUUGCUUCCCGGCUCGGUCGUACCUUCACCUGGAGUCGCUGCAAUAGUCAACGCCGGAGCCUUCCCUUUGGUACAUGAUUUCGACUUGAUUCUGACAGGUCCAAAGACUUUUACCAGCUCCCUACCGGAAACGACGUUCUUCUUACUUGAUCAUUACAAAUCAAACAUGCUGGAUUCUUUUACUCCAAAGCGCAACCGCUGUCCACCCUGGAAAUUUCUGCACCUGCCCAGCGCCUUGCAGGCUGUAUCAGAGAUAAGCAUCUGGGGCAGUACAGAUCCCGUAAAAACAUCUUUGCUGUAUGGAAUCUUAUCGGUCUGUGCAUACAACCUAGAGGCCUCCUCAAUUACCAACGAGGAGGUCGCCGGUUUCUGGGGUCUUGCAGCCGCCGAGUUUUCUCAAACUGCUAGGGAGCAAUUAUCGCUCGGUAGAUUGCCUUGUGCAGAAGACUUGUGGCCGAGCCAAUUGAACGAGUUUGUGAUGGCGACGAUGAGUAUGAAUACAAUAUCAGUCAUGAGCGGCAAGUUCAACGAAGCCAGGGCAUUCCUCCUCGCAGCUGAGCGCCUUAUGGAAGAGCCAUGUGCGGUCGAACCCCUUCAAAGCCGAGAGGCAAAAGUUCUCCGCAACAUGCUUCAAUAUACCCGAGUCUUUGAGGAGACAACACACAUUUACCCAGAGAUGAAGACACCCGCCCACUGCACCAGUCCUAGUUUACGGCUACCAGAUUUAUAUAUGGAUGAACCUCCAAAUGCACAUUUCGACGUCAAGUUUCCAUCUUUAAGAAGUAGAGUUUUCAUGAAGAACCACGAUCCCAGACAUUUGAAUCCAUACACCACGAAUGUUCCAAACACUCAGGAGGCUCAACAAAAUCUGUGUACGACCACAACCUUUGAGGGUAUUUUUGGACUACCCCAGCCUCUUGUCAGUCUCAUAUCACGUACAACCCAUCUGAUAAACGUUCUUAGCGAUGUUUCGACCGGACUUGAGACUCCUGGAAUCGUCGACAUCAUUCGAAUACUAGAGCAUGACCUUUGCGCAUGGACUUUCGAAGGGCACGCCACAACUGCCCCACAUCAGAGGCAAGAUGUCGAAGAUCAGCAAGAAGCUGCCUUCGAUAAUGCGAGAGAAGCAAUUUAUGCAGCAGUGGAGAUAUACUUCUAUCGAGAAGUUCGUCAUGUCAACCCAACUUCAGUUCAGCAUCUUGUCGAGAAAGCGUUGAGGCAUCUUCUCGAUUACGAGAGAGAUGCUGAAGAGCGCGGCAACUUGGCUGUAGCGGGGGUGUGCUGGGCUGCCUUUAUCGCUGGAUGUGAAGCUGAAGGAGCCUCUUCGAGACAAAACAUAGCUCAAUUUCUCUCACGAAUUGCCCGAAAGAGCGGCACUGGUAACUUUAGAGCUGCAUCGGAGUUUCUUCCUUGCGUGUGGGAAUCAAGGAUGGGGUUGGACACGUUCGAUCAAAGCUGGAGAGAAGUGAUGAGAUCAUCAAAUACGUGUCUCAUUUUGUCGUAA